AUGCCUGUUCCUGGAAUACACAUCCACGAGCCUGGGCUGGACGACGACCUUGAAGGUCAGUACCAUGCUCAGAACCCGUUUGUAUCGUCUAGUGAACGGAGAGCUCGAGAGUCGAGGGAGUACCGGAGAAGAACGAAUCUGCUGAUACCUUCCAGGAGGUCGGACACGUCUUCGCUCGAACCGAUUUCCAGAUCUACGUCGGUGAACCGUGCUCUCCCAGAUUACGUCGAAGAGCAUGUUCCGCAGGAGGACUACGAUUUUCUUGACCAUGCUGUGGAUUCUGAUUUCCUGGCAGUUCAGCAAGGUAUUUCCUAUGCUUUGGGUUCCAAGGACCACCUGGCUACGUGGAAAGUUGGUAAUAGCCCAGCUAAGGAAGAACUACCGGACGAAACCUCAUAUUUCGAUCGUUAUCCAUCAACACAUCCUGAUUACGCUCCUGAUACAGACCUAACGUAUGAUAUUCCCCUCAUUACAUUCAACCAGCCCGAUACCACUAAUGAUUCUUCAGGGAGACCUCAGUUGAAACUCUCCACGCAAGACCUAGAUGUCUUGGAAGCCGGUGCUUAUAAUAGCCCACUGCCUACAAAACCACCACAAUCGCCUUCAAAGCUUCCAGGAAUCUUCACUAGGAUGUCUAAUAGAAUUGCGGGAGACAACAACCCUCCUCCUACUCCGACGACGGAUAAGAACCAGUCUUUCAAUGACCUUCUUAAUCCUCUUCCAUCACCUAGAUCCGGGACUUCACCAAAGUUUACUCAAGAUCUGUAUUUUGGUGAUGCUCGUCCUGAAGACACCGCCUCUGUUGGUAAUACAAGCGUGUACCCUUCAUUGGCUGGAGAAAGCUCUAUACGAUCAGCACAGACGCUAUCUACAGAGGGGAACGUGAACAUCAGCGCUCCUACACUUCAAAGAACGCAAUCCGAGGCUCGCCUGGGUGUAAGUGGAGGAACUGCCCCAGUCACCACGACUGCAGCCCCACUCUUUUCGAAGGUCAGAAGAACGGAGAGGUUUGAUCAUCUUUACCUUUACGGUAAAUCUUGUGGCAUAUUUUCCAAAGACAGCCACCUUCGUAUAUUAUGUCACCGUAUACUGUCGCAUCCUAUGACAAGCUCAGUGCUUCUUCUUUUGCUCAUAUUUCAAACAGUGCUUCUUGCCUACCGAGAAUGGAAUCCAGAGGCGUUGGGUGGAUACUACUAUGCGGGAAAUAACUGGGCAGACUAUAUCUUGAUGGGCAUCAAUUUCGUGUAUACCGCCGAAAUUCUCGCCAAGAUAAUUGCAUACGGCUUUCUUUUCGAUAAAGUCAUGUUUGAUGAGUUGGGCUUGGAUUACCCUCUGACAGGCUUUCUUCAAUCUGCAAAGACUGUGGUAAACAAUAUCCCGUUCACUUCCAUCAUAAAGCGUACAUUUUACAAGAGGAGAUUGAAGGCCCGUAUGCUGGCAGACAGUCCUUCUAGCCUCAACUCUAAAUAUGAUCGCUUUAUGCUGCCGGAGUCACAUUUCAAUCACCAUGAAUCCGGCAAUCGUCAAAGAUCUGGAUCUGCAGCUUCAAUAGCUGAAGCACUCAGCUGCCUCAGGAUUUUGCGUCUUUGUAACUUGACCACUGGUACGAAUAUUAUCCUUCGUGCUAUUCACUCGGCUAUCCCACAACUUGUUGAUGUUUCCCUUUUCAUCUGUUGCUUCUGGGUUAUCUUCGGUGUUAUCGGUGUUCAAUCUUUCAAGUCUUCUUUGACCCGUCAUUGUCAGUGGACUAAUCCUGAUGAUCCCACAGAAACUUACCUCAAUUCGGACCUGUACUGUGGGUCUUUCAUUGGCCGAGAUGGAUUUGUUAGAUCGUUCCUUGAAAGAGAUGGCUCCCCAUCUGGUGCAAUUAAAGGUUUUAGAUGCCCCAUGUAUUCCGUUUGUCAAUCUGGUGAGAAUCCAUAUGGGGGUACUGUCAAUUUUGACAAUAUCUUGCAGUCCAUGCAGUUGGUGUUUGUCAUAAUGAGUGCCAAUACUUUCACUGAUCUCAUGUACUAUACAAUGGAUACCGACAACAUCGGGUCUUCCUUAUUUUUUAUAUUUGCUAUCUUCAUUUUGACCGUGUGGUUGUUGAACGUUUUCAUCGCUGUGAUUGUUACAUCGUUCAACCUUGCCCAAAUGGAAGACGCAGAAGACAAAAAAAGGAAGGACGAGGGCAGAAGAACAUCUUUACUCGCCAUUUUUGGCUUCAAUGAAAAGCUUCACAACGAAAGAAUUUAUCCAUUGAUUCAAAAGAGAUCUUAUUUGCGGAUAUACUAUAAGUUCGAGAUAUUUUUCGUUAUGCUAAUUGCUGCCGACUUGAUUAUUAUGGCGCUUCGGCAACAAGGAAUGCCCGAUAAUAGAGCUCAUGGGUUAUACAGAUUUGAGGCAGCUGUCACUGCUACUUUAUUUGCCGAGAUUGUCUUGAGAAUGGCCUUAUAUUACCCCCAUUGGCGUGUUUUCUUUAUGUCAAGAAGAAAUUCCUUUGACCUUUUCUUAGCGCUCAUAACAGGAAUCAUCAUUUUGGGUCCAGUGAAGUCAAAGUUGGGACAUGCUUAUUACUGGUUAACGGUAUUUCAGAUCGCUAGAUUCUACAGAGUGGUUCUCGCUGUUGGAAUCACGAGAAAUCUCUGGAUGAAACUUACGAACAACAUCAAGGCCAUUUUCGAUUUAGCUUUGUUCUACUACAUUUUGUUGUUCCUCCUGAGUAUUAUCUUGACCCGUUAUUUUGAAGGAACUGCUACUAAGUCUGAUACGGACGAAGAUUUCUUUGGCUCGAUGUACACGUUACCAAAUUCAUUCAUGUCGUUGUAUAUCAUUACAACUACAGAGAACUGGACAUCUACAGUUUAUGGGUUACAAGAACACGCAAAAUCUGUUGCCCUGAGGGCUUUUGGAACAGUUUUCUUGUACAUUUGGUUCGUCAUAUCCAAUACUGUUAUUUUGGGUAUUUUCAUUGCCGUCAUCGCAAGGACUUUGGAAGUUUCCGAAGAAGGCAAACGUAAGCAACAGCUUUUGCAAUUCAUCGAAGACAUGACAAAACGGCUUCAAAGUGUGACGCAUGAAACCGGUCUAUUGUCGAAAAUGAAACAAAAGGUGUUCAGGAGAAAGGAUGAUAAGAAUGUUGAAAGGGCGAUAACGAACCUCUUAUUGAGUGGUACUGCUGUCAAUGAAUUCUUGGAAAAAGAUAUCGAGCCUGAGGAUGGGGACAACGAAGAAAUGCGCCCGCUUCCAAAGAAUCCAGUACAAAGAUGGUUUACUGUUAACCUCACACGUGUAACCGAUCUUAUCCGGAAUCCAUUUUACCUAGUUCGAAAGAAAACUACCCCGCUCGAAAGCUUUGAUCCAGCCCAGUUCGCUAGAAAUGUUAUAAGCGAAAGAAAUCAAUUGGUCAAUCAGCAAGACAAGUACUUGAGAGAGAAUCCGAUGUUUAACACUGUCUUCUACAUGUUAGGCCCUCGUCAUAGAUUAAGAAGGGCUUGUCAAAGGCUUGUAUUUUCCAGUCACGGUGAGAGAAUUGAUGGAGUGGAGCCUAACAAAACUGUCGGUGAACUCUUUAUCGGCUUUAUGUUUCUUUCAACAGUUGGAAUUGUCGUGACGACGUGUGUCUUGACGCCAUUGUUUAGGAGAGACAUCAUGAAUGAUCAAGGAAAGUGGAAUUGGACAUUCUAUGUUGAUGCAUGUUUCAUCGGUAUUUUUACUUCCGAAUUGUUGAUUAAGAUAACUGCCGAUGGUAUUAUCUUCACCCCUAAUGCUUACAUGAGAUCGUCAUGGAACUGGAUUGAUUUCAUUGCCUUGACAUCUUUGUGGAUUGAGUUCAUAUCUGUACUCAAAAAUGAUGGGCAUUUGUCCAGAAUUGUUCGUGGUUUGAAAGCAUUGAGAGCUCUAAGAUUGUUGACAAUUUCAGAGCGAGCAAAGAGUAACUUUCACUUCACUAUGAUAUCCGGCUUUGGUAAGAUUUUAAGUGCUGCACUUAUAUCCAUUACCUUGCUCUUUCCAUUCUCACUUUGGGGUCUCAAUAUCUUCAACGGUAAACUUGGAACUUGUACUGACGAUGAUCUUCAUGACUACGAAUGUAUUAACGAGUUUGCUAAUAAAGUGUAUGAUUGGCAAGUUAUCUCGCCAAAUGCAUAUGUGGAACCAUUCCUCAAUUUCAAUGACUUUUCCACUUCGAUUUCUACGCUUUAUCAAAUUGUCUCUUUGGAGGGUUGGACAGAAUUGCUCAUGCAAGCCAUGUCGAGUACAGGUGAGGGAACUCCUCCAGAACUUUUUGCUUCGCCAUUCAAUGGUGUCUUUGUGAUUCUUUUCAACAACGUAUCUAUCGUCUUUAUCUUGACAUUAUUCGUUUCUGUUAUCAUCGACAAUUAUUCCAGAGUGACAGGUAGGGCUUACCUUACAAAGAGCCAAAUUCAGUGGUACCAAGUCAAGAAGUUUUUGAAGCAGGUCCGCCCAUCUAAAAGAAAAGAUGUGUCCUCCCUUUCGGGCAUUAAAAAGAUUUGUUAUAACCUAGCUGUUGAAAAGCAUAAUGUUUGGUGGCAGAUCAUGAGUACUUGUCUCUUUCUUCAUGUUGUGGCCUUGCUACUGGAAACCUUCCCUGAGGUUGAUGGCUUGAAUCUUGCUCGUUACGUUAUUUUGAUGAUCUCAUCGUCGAUAUUCAUGUUAAAUUCUGUUAUGUUGGCCUACGCGCUCGGUUACAAGAGUUUUGCUGCUAACAAAUGGAAUAUUUUCCAAGCGUUUGUUUCGAUUGGAGCCUUCGUCACCACUAUCUUGUCCUUCCCUAUUGAUUCGGGCUCGGUUUUCAUCAACUUUAACAAGUUAUUUUUGGUCGCGAUGCUUAUCUUUGUCUUUCCCAGAAGUAACAAGCUUUCACAGCUUUUACGAUUUGCUUCAGCAUCUUUCCCAUCUUUGGCAUCCUUGAUUUUUACCUGGUUUGUCGUCUUUAUGGUUUACGCUAUUGCAAUGAACCAGAUCUUUGGUAUGACUAAGACAGGCCCUAAUACAACCGGGAACAUUAAUUUGCGUUCCGUGCCAAAAGCAUUGAUCCUUUUAUUCAGGUGUUCUUUCGGAGAAGGAUGGAACGACAUUAUGAGUGAUUUUAUCGUUGAAUCACCAUGGUGUACUGCUGAUCAAACCAUUGAUGAUCUGGAUUGCGGUAGUCAGCAAUACGCAUACAUUUUGUUCAUGUCAUGGAAUGUCAUCUCGAUGUACAUCUUCCUAAACCUUUUCGUCUCGCUUAUUUUGGACAGUUUCAGUUACAUCAAUUCCGGAUCUGACUACAUUGAUUUGAUUAGUCGAGAGGAAGUCAGAAAGUUUAAGAGAGCAUGGCAGAAGUUUGAUCCAAAUGGAACAGGAUUUAUAAAGCCAUACGACUUACCUAAGUUUUUGCACUCUCUCACGGGAUCUUUAAGUUUCCGUUUCUAUUCUGGUGACUUGUCUAUUCCUGAGCUCUGUCAUAGAUGGAUACGGAGAAAUAACCCCCAUGAUCCUUAUGAUGUUUCUGUGAAUUAUGAGGAGGUUGAAAAAGUUACCGAUCAAAUGGACAUUCCCAAGAUUCAAGAAAGAAGAAAGGAAUACGAAAGGUUCUUGGAGGAAGCUAUUAUGAAUAUGGAGAUCCAUGAGGAACCUGGUAUUUCUUUCACCAGGAUCCUCCUCCAGAUCCCUCUCUAUAACUCAUUUGAUGCUGGCCAAUGUCUUAUUCUCUUGGACUUCUUGGAUAGAAGACUCUUCUAUCAAAAACUUGAAAAGAGAAUGAAGCUCAAGAGAGUUUAUGAGACCAUUGCUGCCUUCACAUGUCGCUGGAAGUAUGUCGAGAAUCAGAGACAUGGUGUUAGAGAUACUAAUAUCGGUUUCGACACAGAGCUCAAGAGGGCAAGCUACUUUGCUAACGAGGAGAAUACUUCUAAGGAACCAUUAGAAGAGCAUGAUGAAGUCAGUGUUUCAGAAACCGAAGAUGAAUCCUAUUCUGAUACCGAAACCGUACCUUUGAGUAAGGAGAACAAAGCUAAGGCAAGGAAGAGUGACUAUUAUAUACCCAAGUCACCAGUCCAUCUUUUGAAGGGAAUGGAGAAGUUUGGCCAUGAGCAUGAAUCAUUGCAUCUGCCGUUUGAUGAUGUGCAUUCUGGUCCGCUGCUUAAUCCAUCAGGCAGGCUGCCACCAUGGGAGGCUACUGGCGACGAAAGAAGCAACCUUUCUGUGGUUGACUUAUCGACCAUUGGAGAAACUUUGGAGAACAGUAGUUGGGCCGACGCUUAUAGAGAAGUCACCAGCAGAGGGUCAUCUUCCAAUAAAGAUGUUUCACGCCGAGCAUCUAGUUAUGGUGGGCUGGAACACUCCUUCACCAGUCAUGACGACAAGAAGUCAACAUAG